AUGAGCAUGAUGCGGACCUGGUGGUUUAAAGAAGCCGCAUGGCAGGGAAGCGAGGAGAACGACACUUCUUGUAGUUCUUGUGCGGCAACCAUCGCUGACGGCACUUUCUUUCCGGUAGUAUUAGUAUAUGUUCUAAGGAGUAUUCACGCUGUGAAGGCGUACCGUUCCAAUAAAGAAAUCACGGUGAAGAUGGCUAAUGUUCCAAGUCCCAAUAUUUAUUUCGAAGAGAGUGGCUUUCCGGACUACGUUCUCAACGAGAUUCGUAGAAGAGGAUUUGGCGAACCGACCGCGAUCCAGGCGCAGGGUUGGCCCAUUGCCUUGUCCGGCCGAGAUAUGGUCGGUAUAGCGCAGAUGGGUUCAGGAAAGACACUAGCAUACAUUUUACCGGCGAUCGUGCAUAUAAAUCAUCAGCCCAGGCUGAGCAGAAAGGAUGGACCGAUUGCAUUGAUCUUGGCGCCGACUCGAGAAUUGGCACAGCAAAUUCAGCAAGUUGCAUCAGAUUUUGGUAUGUCUUCUCAGAUGCGAAACACUUUAAUCUUCGAUGGCGCUCCAAAAGGACUCCAGGCGCACGACCUCGGAUGCAGCGUAGAGAUUUGCAUUGCUAUGCCUGGUCUUGUAGAAUUCAUAGAGCGCAGAACCACAAAUCUACGUAGAUAUACAUAUCUAGCGCUCGACGAGGUCGAUAAAAUGCUUGAUGUGGGCUUUGAGCUACAAAUUAGGAAAAUUGUAGAACAAAUUUGUCCCAAUCGUCAGACUCUCGUAUGGUCGGCAACGUGGCCAAAAGAAGUGCGUAAUCUCGCGGAAGAAUUCCUAACGGACUAUAUACACAUCAACAUUGACUCUCUACAAUUGGCUGUCAAUCAUAUUAUUCUUUGUAAUGAACAUCACAGAGAAAUUGUACGAUUAUUAACGGAAUUAAAUAAAAAAAUGAACAUUCUAAUAAAAAAUACUAAUAGAGUUGAAAAAAAAAAUAAAAGAAAAGAAAAAUUGUUUUGUAGAUGCACCAAAGGCAAGUGCAAUAAUAAUAUGUGUGAUUGCCUCAAAAGAGGAAAAAAAUGUAGUAAUAAAUGCGAGUGCAAUGCAGAGCAUUGUCAGAAUAAAGUUGCAAAAUCGGAAUUUGAUGAGACUGAUACUAAUAAUAAUGAUGACUGAGGAUGAGAAAGUUGAAGAAGAGGAAGAGAUUUUUCGUCUUAAAAGGGUUUUAUUUAGAACCCCAAUUAAAAAAUAAAAGUAUAACAAAUUUAACACGAUGAGCUCAGCGGCUAUAUCGUUGGCAAAUCCGUUUCAAGGUGACAUGAUAGUAUGCUUCGGAAAAAUCACCGGUACAAAUGCUCUCGUGUAUUGUCAUCGACAGAUGGAGAAUACGAGCGAAGGUCAGCGUAUACUUUUGCAAAAACCACGCGUAAACACAUCCACGUGUAAACACGUCGACCUUUCUUGCCUUAAACACUUACCGCCAGGGACCGUGGACAGAACGUAUCGCGAUUUCUUGGAUGACAAUGCAAGCUGGUAACAUAAACUCUUACCUUAGUACUGGAGAGGAAACGUUUUUCUGAGCAAACUAUGUGUUUAGAGAAAUUGGAACGCUAGUAGCAGCGUGAUUUCAUGACGACAUGCAGCGCUGACAAUCAAUUUUGGAACACAGCUAUUAUAUAACAUUAUACUCUUCAACAUACAUAGUAUAAAGAUUACAAUUGUCACUUAAACAUUAAACAUAGAAUAUAUUUUCUUUGUCAAUA